AUGAACCGCAGGCACACAGUACCUUGUCCUCAUGGACAGCUGUCAGUCUCCUGCUCUGGGCUUUGUGCUGACCCCAUCUCCGCCUCUUUCUCCCACCAGUGCACUGUCCAGGUCAAGUUAGAGCUGGGACACCGGGCCCAACUGCGCAAGAAGCCCACCACGGAGGGGUUCACACAUGAUUGGAUGGUGUUUGUCCGUGGCCCCGAGCAAUGUGAAAUCCAGCACUUCGUGGAGAAGGUCGUCUUCCGGCUGCAUGACAGCUUCCCCAAGCCCAAGCGCGUGUGUAAGGAGCCCCCGUACAAAGUGGAGGAGUCCGGUUACGCUGGCUUCAUCAUGCCCAUCGAGGUGCACUUCAAAAACAAGGAGGAGCCAAGGAAGGUUUGCUUCACCUAUGACCUGUUCCUGAACCUGGAGGGCAACCCGCCUGUAAACCACCUGCGCUGUGAGAAGCUCACCUUCAACAACCCCACCAUUGAGUUCCGGUACAAGCUUCUGAUGGCUGGCGGGGUGAUGGUAAUGCCCGAAGGAGCAGAAACGGUGUCCAGGCCCAGUCCUGACUACCCCAUGUUACCCACAAUUCCACUCUCUGCCUUCUCUGACCCCAAGAAGACCAAACCGUCCCACGGCUCCAAGGAUGCCAGCAGGGAGAGUGGCAAGGCCUACAAGGCCCACAAGACGGCCAAGGAGCACCGUGAACGGCCACGCAAAGACUCGGAGAGCAAGGGCCCCUCCAAGGAGCCAGAUCGGGAGCAAGCCAGGAGUGCCAAGGACACCUCACGGAAGCUGGUUGAGGGCCGGCCACCCAAGGAGGAGAAGGCCCCGCCACCCAAGGCUGCAUUUAAGGAGCCCAAGAUGGCCCUGAAGGAGACCAAACUGGAGAGCCUGUCCCCCAAGGGUGGCCCCCCACCACCGCCACCACCCAAGUCUUCCAGCAAACGGCCGGCCACCGCUGACUCACCCAAGCCUAGUGCCAAAAAGCAGAAGAAGAGCAGCUCCAAGGGGUCCAGGAGUGCCCCUGGCACUUCCCCUCGCACCUCUUCCUCCUCCUUCUCAGACAAAAAGUUGGCCAAGGACAAGGGCAGCACCAAAGUGGAGAAGAUCAAGGCUGAGAGUGAGCCCCGGGAGAUCAAAAAGCCCCCAGAGGUGGAGGAGUCCAACUCGGAGGACGAGGCCUCCUUCAAGACAGAGUCUGCCCAGUCGAGCCCAUCCAACUCCAGCUCCAGCUCCGACUCCAGUUCAGAUUCGGAUUUUGAGCCAUCUCAGAACCACAGUCAAGGACCCCUGCGCUCCAUGGUGGAGGACCUACAGUCCGAGGAGUCCGACGAGGAUGACUCUUCAUCAGGAGAGGAGGCUGCCGGCAAGACGAAUGCAGGGAGGGAUUCCAGGUUGAGCUUCAGUGACAGCGACAGUGACAACAGUGCUGACUCCUGCCUCCCCAGCCGAGAACCCCCUGCCCCCAAGAAGCCACCCCCACCCAACAGCAAGGCAUCAGGCCGGAGGAGCCCCGAGUCCUGCAGCAAGCCUGAGAAGAUCCUCAAGAGGGGCACCUAUGACAAGGCCUACACAGAUGAGCUGGUGGAGCUGCACAGGAGGCUGAUGGCCCUGCGGGAGCGCAACGUGCUGCAGCAGAUUGUGAACCUGAUUGAGGAGACCGGCCACUUCAAUGUCACCAACACCACCUUUGACUUUGACCUCUUCUCCUUGGAUGAGACAACUGUGCGUAAGCUGCAGAGCUACCUGGAGGCUGUGGCCACAUGACCCUGGGCCGGGUGCCGGGCCCCUGUCAUCGGGGUCCCGGGAGGCCACAUCCGGACCCUGCCUGCCUUUCUCUCUCUCGAUUCACUCGCUCGCAGCACUGCCUUAGUGACCGCCCUGUCCUCGGCCCACACGGCCAGCUGCACUUUCCUUGUUGGCUCCCGGCCUGCCCUUCCCACCAGCUCACCGGGAGCCCUGGCGCCGAGGGGGGUCAAGCUGGCACUGCUGCUGCUCCCUGACACUCAGGGGCCAUUACCUGGGUCCCCCUUGGAAAGCAGCUUGUGUUGAAGGCAACACUGGGCCUCAUUCCUGUAUAGGGGAAGAAAUGUGCCCAACGGUGGGAGCCUUGCUCCAUGGUGGGGCAUGUGGCACGGUGUCGCUGCUGGGGCACCAUCUCCAGCCUCCCCAGACGGUUCAGACACACCGCAUCCCAGGACCUCAGAGGGUCCAGCUGCUCCAAGCCAGGCCUUGGCUCGUCCUCCAUGUGUGCCGGAUGCAGCCCCUCUCUUGGCUCUCACUGUGCUGGGACUCCGUGCUGUAUAGUUGUCUCUCUAUUAUAUAUGUAUGUAUGCACUGUAGGUACCAGAGCGGUUUCCGGGUGUGCAUUUCUGUGGCAGCAGUGCACGUGGGGGGUGGGGGGUAAGGUGGGACUUUUAGGUUAAGAUGUCUCCACUGGUCUUGUCGUUGGGCUAGAGGCCGAGCCGGAGCACCAACUGGCUUUCUCCAAGUGCAGGGAGGAUCCUCCCUCAGUGGUACAAGGACGCCUCGUCCUCUUCCCGGGACUCAAAAGGCAUAGCCCGGGCCGUGAACACUACGAUGGAACAGUAGGUCCUCAGGCGUCUGGUCAGACUGGCAGCUGUCUCCAGGAGCAGACCUCCCGGGCUCCAGCCAGCUACAGGCCACCACUUGUAACGGGCCUUGGCCUCUCCUUUCUUCCAUAGGAUCCUCUUCCUCCUUUCUAUUGAUUGAGUCUUCAAACUUUGAGAAAAAAAAAAAUGAGCUUUUGCCAAAUAAGACGUGAUAGUUUGUGGAAUAUUUUCAAGGAGUGUUAGGACGCAGAGCCAGCUCCUCAUGCCUGGGCCCCGCCGGUGGCAGGCCCUCCUGGGGCACUCCUGUCUCUCUCUGGUUUGGGCUUAGCCCUCCGACACUUGCCGUUCACACUUGUCCAGAGCCCCGAGACUCAAUUCCUCGAACGCCUGAGAUUCUCUAAGGUCCAGGCCCGCUUUUCCUCCCUCUGGCCCACCUUCCAGGGUCAGAAUGUCCUCAUGGAGUCAGCCCACCUUGGGUGGGGCUCCUGAGAGCCUGUUUGCUCAGCCUCUGUUCCCCCAGACCUUGACUCAAGACUCCUCCAGUCCCCCAACGUUUGCCCUGAACAACAUAUGGGGAAAAGGACUGGGGGCCCAGAGGUAGGCUCACCUUCUCUCUCCAACCCACUGUCAGACAGCCCCUUUCCCCGGUUCCUGAGUUCUGAUGUGGGGAGUGCCAUACUCACCUUCCCUGUGGUCCCCGAUUCUCAUGUCCAUGCUCUGAUUCCGCCUAUCAGGCAGACCCUGAACACUCCCAGGUGAUCCCCACCUCCAAGGCUUCCCUGAACUCCAGCCUUCCUGAUAAGAUCCCCAGAACUCUCAGGGAAGGCCUGAGAACUUUCAGAGGAAACCAUUGUGACUCCUCGCCGUUCACUCAGAUUCUCCCCUGACCCCACUGCCUUGAGGUAUUAAGAAGACGUCAUGCCUGUGUGGCAGGCCCUGUGCUGUCACGAUCCCCUUCUCCAGGCAGGCCAGCAAUACUCCAAAGUGAACAACAUUCUUCUCUGGAAACUCUUCAAGAUACUGGACAGAAGGAACUGGCCUGACAUGGGCUGCUCAAAAGGCAGUGACGGCCUGGCUCUCUAUGCACAGAGGCUGCCAGGGGUCAUAAGGCAGGAGCCUCAGCUCAAGGACACUAGUCUUGGUCCUUCACAAGGAUCUCCUGGAAAGGGCUGCAGGCUCCACAUGGCUACCAAGGCAGCUGGGCUCUCACCAGAGGCAGCUGGAGAAAGGCUCUCUGGCUUACCCUGUGUCAGCAGCAUCUGGCCCUUUCUGCUGUUUCCAGGGCCUUCGGAAGCACCAACCCAUUUCUCAGUUACCUCCUCUGGCCAGAAGGCCUCAAGCGCUGUCGUCUGGAGCUGCUCUGGGCCGACUGCUGACCCAUGACCACCUAAUGGACGUGCCAGGCGGCCAGGUCCCUGACCACAGCAUUCCCAGCUGCUCCCCUAUCCACCCCCCAGCUGCCUGGCAGCUGGGCCCACGAGGGCUCUAGGGAUGCUUCCAUAGGAAGGGGCAGGCACUUUGUGAUUGCCGCGUGUUUAGUGUUAAUCCCCCUGCCCCCAGUGCAAAUCCCUGUGUUUUGCUAUCUCCUGAACAAAAUGUAAACCGACACCUGAAAGCAAAAGGUAUCGAAUACCUUUCUUACCCAUAAGGGUUUUUACAAAGAUUGUGUCUCACUAGGAACUAGGACACUUAUCAGCCCGAGACCAACUCCUGGAUAAAAGGAAUAAGGAGAAUUGUGUUUGUAAUAAGUUACAGGAUUGUUUCUGUCCUGGAUUUUAAACUUUUUGUUAAAUUGUGAAAUUAUGGAGGAAUUUUAUAGAAAAAUGAAAUAAAGUCAGAUGGGAAAGCAGACCUAUGUGUAGACCUA